CAUGGCCAGUGGCCACAAACUACUUCUAGUUUUCUCUACUCAUCGAUUUUCCCAUGGCGUCUUUUGUUUCAUUUCUUUCUCUUCUGUUUACUUCUUUUCGUUUCUCCCUCCAUAACUCUAGCUUCUUUCAGGCCCAAAGCCCUUGUUCUCCCUGUUUGGAAAGAGCCUUCAUCUCUCCAAUACCUCACUCAAAUCUGGCAAAGAACCCCUCUUGUGCCUGUAAAUUUAACUGUUGAUCUGGGAGGCCAAUUUCUUUGGGUUAAUUGUGCAAAGGAUUAUGUUUCAUCUUCUUAUAGGCCAGGCACUUGCCGGUCAUCUCAGUGCUCACUUGCUAGAGCUCUUUUGUGUUCAAAUUGUUCUUCUUCAGCCACCCCUAGCCCAGGCUGCAACAACAACACAUGUACACUUUUCCCAGACAACACAGUAAUUCGCGCAGCCACCUUUGCUGAGCUUGCUCAAGAUGUUUUUUCCAUCCAAUCGACCGAUGGAAAGAAUCCUGGCUCAGUUGUUUCAGUGCCCAAGUUUCUCUUCUCUUGUGGGGCUACAUUUAUACUGGAAGGUCUUGCAAAUGGUGUAACCGGUAUGGCUGGUCUUGGAAGAUAUCCAAUUUCACUUCCAUCCUUUUUUUCUGCUGCAUUUAGCUUUGAUAGGAAAUUUUCCAUUUGCUUGAGUUCAGCAACCAAAUCCAAUGGAGUGAUAUUUUUCGGAGACGGGCCUUACAUUUUCCCCCCAAAUACUGAUGUCUCUAAGAACCUUAUCUACACCCCGCUUGUUCUCAACCCUGUAAGCACUGAUGCUAUCUAUUACACAGGCUUCCCUUCGACUGAAUAUUUCAUCCAAGUUAAAUCUAUAAAAAUCAAUGGAAAAACCGUUCCACUGAAUACAUCCUUGCUAUCCUUCGACAAUGAAGGCAAUGGAGGGACCAAGAUCAGCACCGUCAAGCCUUACAUGUUAAUGGAGACUUCCAUUUACAAUGCAGUAGUCAAAGCAUUUCUCCAAGAGAUUGCAAACGUCAGUCAAGUGGCAGCGGUGGCUCCUUUUGGGGCUUGUUUCAACUCCAACAGUAUUGAGAAAACACGAGCUGGACCGGCUGUGCCUCCAAUCGACCUCGUUCUGCAAAGUGAUCUCGUAUAUUGGAGGGUUUUUGGUGCUAACUCAAUGGUACAUGUCAGUGAAAAUGUUUUGUGUUUAGGGGCUGUUGAUGGAGGCUCCAACCCCAGAACCUCCAUAGUGAUUGGAGGGCAUCAAUUGGAAGACAAUCUUCUACAAUUUGAUCUAGCCACAUCCAGGCUCGGGUUCAGCUCUUCUCUCCUGUUCCGGCAAACAACUUGCUCAAACUUUAACUUUACAUCUACUGCUUCAGAAGGCUAAUCUCACCAUUGAUAUAUUAUUAAUUAGUGUAAUGACAAUCUUUCUGUGUAAUAUUAAAAUGCAAAUUGUAACAUGCUUUCGAUUAAAGGUGGAUUUUGCUAUAUAUAUA